UGUUCUGAAGAUGGCGUCUCCAAAUGGAGGGGAUGAUUUUGAGACUUCCUUGUUGAGUUUUGAGAAGCUGGACAGAGCAUCACCAGACCUGUGGCCAGAGCAGUUGCCAGGAGUUGCAGAAUUCGCUGCAUCUUGUAAAAAUCCCAUCACUAACUCGCCCCCCAAGUGGAUGGCUGAGCUGGAGAGUGAGGACAUUGAAAUGCUGAGAGAGCUGGGAAGUCUGACCACAGCCAAUCUGAUGGAGAAGGUCAAAGGACUGCAGAAUCUUGCUUACAAGUUGGGGUUAGAGGAGUCCAGAGAAAUGACCAGGGGGAAGUUCCUGAAUAUUUUGGAAAGGCCCAAGAAGUGACGUUGUUGUCAAGGAUGGGAGAUUUGGGAGAUUUGGGAGUCCGCUUUGAUCCUGCUCUAUGUUCAGUCACUGUUUAGAGCUUCACAACAAAGUUCAAAGACUGUUGAUCCACAAUGUUCACUGACACAGCUGGGGACUUCUCCAGGUUCCUCGGUGCACCUGCUGUAGGCUCCUAGAUGCCUUUACUUCAUUGGGUACCAUUCACUGAAUAUCUCAGUGGCUUAUGAUUCUAUCUUCAUUUAGUUUUCCUUAUUUAUUACUUUUCUUUUAAACUUUUUUUCCUCAAUUGUAUAAUAAAGUGUUCAAAGGA